GUUUAUGAACAAUGAUGGUUGAAACAGAGGGUGAAGUAUACACAGAAAUUCCUUCCCGCCAAUUCUCCGACUUUCCCAGCACACUUCUCCCAAACAAAGAAACUAGCAAUCUCCGCCACUGCUAUUCCAGUGCUAGUGCCUAUCUCUCUCUCUCUCUCUCUGCGAUUCACAAUUUUGAUGCUCAAACUUCGUUCAUGCUAUUCCCUGCGCUACGUUCCAAUAUCUCUCCCCCUUUUCAAAUCCACCUCUUCUUUCUCUCUCAUCUUCCCCUCCAACCCAUUUUCUCUCACUCUCACUCUCACACCCUUCACCCUCUCCCUAAACCCUAACCCUACCUCCUCCUACAUGUCUUCUCGCCCCUCCGCUUUCGACGCUCUCAUGUCCGGCGCUCGAGCCGCCGCCGGGAAGAAAACCCAGCCCUCUUCCCCUAAGAAACGGAAAGCUGUCGACUCCAACCCCACGCCAAAACCCGAUUCCACGCCUUCCGAGAAUCCGAAGUCGAAGACGACCCACUUGCUCUCCGGUACGACCGACACCUCUGAAGCUGCCAAGAAGAAAACACGGUCUUCUUCCCCCAAAAGACGGAAAUCCCCCAACUCUAAACCCUCGCCAAGCCACGAUUCCUCGCCUUCGGAGAAGACUACCCAGUUCCUCUCCGGGACGACGGACAACUCAGAGUCUAACGGAAAUGGAGCGCAAGAGAAUGGUCAUGGCGUCGGGACUUCGAAUUCGGCUGCGACUCCGGAGGCCUCUUCGAUAGCCAAGAAAGCUUCCUUGGCCAUAAACGUUAAGGGGAGGGUCUCCGAAUUGAAGAGCAAAACCGAUCAAUUGAAGAAGAAGGCUGGAGAUUUCGACCCCAAAUUGGUCGCGUGUUGGAACCAGGGCGAGAAGGUGCCAUUUCUGUUCCUCGCUUUGGCUUUCGAUUUGAUUGCCAACGAGACGGGACGGAUUGUGAUUACUGAUAUAGUGUGUAACAUGCUGAGGACUGUGAUGUACACCACCCCUGAGGAUUUAGUGCCGGUGCUUUAUCUUUCGGCCAAUCGGAUUGCACCAGCACACGAAGGGUUGGAGCUUGGAAUUGGGGAUGCUUCAAUUAUUAAGGCGCUUGCUGAAGCUUGUGGCAGUUCUGAAGCGAAGGUUAAAAAGCAGUACAAGGAUCUGGGAGAUUUGGGUCUUGUUGCAAAAGCAAGUCGUUCAUCCCAAUCUAUGAUGCGCAAGCCUGAUCCAUUAACUGUUUCCAAGGUUUUUAAUACAUUUCGCAUCAUUGCCAAGGAAUCUGGGAAGGAUAGUCAAGAGAAGAAAAAGAACCAUAUCAAGGCACUUCUUGUUGCGGCCACUGAUUGUGAACCCCAAUAUUUGAUCCGUUUGCUUCAGGCAAAGUUGCGAAUUGGAUUGGCAGAGCAGACUCUGUUAGCUGCUUUGGGACAAGCUGCAGUAUAUACUGAAAAGCAUUCUACUCCCCAUCCAAAUAUUCAGUCUCCUUUAGAAGAGGCUGUAAAGAUUGUUAAACAAGUGUACUCCGUGCUUCCAGUAUAUGAUAAAGUUGUUCCUGCCCUUCUGAGUAAUGGUAUAUGGGAUCUUCAGAAGACUUGUAGCUUUACUCCAGGUGUCCCUGUUGGACCUAUGCUAGCAAAGCCAACUAAGGGGGUAUCUGAGAUUGUACAAAAAUUCCAGGACACAGAAUAUACCUGUGAAUACAAAUAUGAUGGAGAACGUGCUCAGAUACAUUAUUUGGAGAAUGGUUCAGUUGAGAUAUAUAGUAGAAAUGCUGAACGAAAUACUGGAAAGUUUCCUGAUGUUGUUGCUGCAGUUUCAAGGUUAAAGAAGUCAUCUGUAAGCUCAUUUGUUUUGGAUUGUGAACUGGUUGCUUAUGACCGUGAAAAACAGAAAAUUCUGCCCUUUCAGAUACUCAGUACUCGAGCUCGGAAAAAUGUGGUUAUGGGUGAGAUCAAGGUUGAUGUUUGCAUAUACGCAUUUGAUAUGUUGUAUCAUAAUGGUCGACCACUUAUUCAGGAAGAACUCAAAGUUCGUAGAGAGUGUCUUUAUGAGUCUUUUGAGGAAGAAGCUGGAUAUUUUCAGUUUGCUACAGCAAUAACAUCUAAUGAUAUUGAUGAAAUACAGAAGUUUCUUGAUGCUGCUGUUGAUGCAAGUUGUGAGGGUUUGAUUAUCAAGACUUUGAAUAAAGAUGCUACAUAUGAGCCUUCCAAGCGGUCAAUGAACUGGCUGAAAUUGAAGAAAGACUACAUGGAUAGUAUUGGGGAUUCACUGGAUUUGGUACCUAUUGCAGCUUUUCAUGGCCGGGGAAAACGUACAGGUGUCUACGGUGCUUUUCUUCUUGCUUGUUAUGACAGCAAUAACGAAGAGUUUCAAAGCAUUUGUAAAAUAGGCACUGGAUUUUCUGAAGCAGUGCUUGAAGAACGUUCUGCUAGCCUUCGCUCUAAAGUGAUUCCUAAACCAAAGUCAUACUAUCGGUGUGCAGAGACCAUUACUCCAGAUGUGUGGUUUGAACCCACUGAGGUUUGGGAGGUGAAAGCUGCAGACUUGACUAUUAGCCCUGUUCAUCGCGCUGCAGUUGGCAUAGUAGAUCCUGAUAAGGGUAUUUCCCUUCGAUUCCCACGUCUUCUUCGUGUUCGGGAAGACAAGACUCCAGAGCAAGCAUCAUCAUCUGAACAGGUUGCUGAUAUGUAUGCUGCUCAAAGUCACAACCAAUCCAAAAAUCAAGAUGACAAUGAAGAUAUUGAUUGAGUGAUGUUUCGUUCAUUUCUGGAGAUGUUCUCUCUGUAUAAAAGUGUCUAAACACCAGCAGUGUUAUUGAUAAGACUUUUAUUCUCUCCUUGUUUUUUACUUUUAUUAACUUUUAA